AUGCAAGGACCAUACCAUCUCGAUACAAUGUGGCAGACGACUCUUGUCGAUGCCAAUGCCUCUAUACACUCUGCCAACUACCUGAUGGGGUAUGACUCCUGGGAGAUACCGGGACCCUCGGACGCGGCUGACCUCCUGGGCACAUCCAGAUCUCUACACAGCGACAGCAUGCAUGUGCAGGAGGUACUGGUCAAGCAGUCACCACGGUCGGAGAAACGGCGGGCACAGAACAGGAAAGCUCAACAAACGUUCCGUGCCCGCAAGCGACAGGAGCUCGAUCAGGUCAAAGAGACGUUGAGACAGAAGGAACUAUCGUUCAAGCAGCUCGAAGCCGCGUACCGGAAGCUGUACCUCAUCUGCACCGCCCUCAAACAGACAGAAGGACGAAGCUCGCAGUCCAUAGCCGCACUGGACCGACUGCUUCUCCAAGAAGCAACCAAGCUUGAAUUUCCACCGAGGCUGCAACGGAGUGAGACUGGCGAGUCAGACUCAUCAUCGUCGCCAUCAAUGGACUGUAGUAGUUCACGACCAUGCUCGCUCACGACACAGUCCUCCAUGUCUGACGACGACGGUAUACUGUCUCCCAAGCAGACUACCUAUGCGUUUGGAGAUUCGCUGUGA